AAGAGUGUCAAGAAUGGGUUGGAAAAGAUGUCUUCCUUUUUACCUGGGAAGGCCCUUUAUUUCCAGAGAGUGUUGUGCUGUCAAAAUUUCAUAAUAAAAAUAGUCAAGACUGUCAAUCCAACUUGUUGCAUGCCAAAGUUUCUGAUAAAUGCGGAAUCAAAUCGCAACAUUAG